UGGAAUAAAUUGUUUGAGUUAAAGCAACAUUUCUUUUCCGAAUGUUGUAAAUAGUUGGCGCCCUUAUUAUUACAGUAGUAACUACGGAGUAUUAUUUGUGAAUUUUUCUUUUCUGGGGUUGAAAUCGGGGUGUUGGAGCCGGUGAGGGUCUGUGUAUUUUCUUUUCUUCAUCCCCCGCUCUCGUCCUUUCAGCCUACAUUUCACUGCAGUGCUUAUACGCUCUCCUAUAAACCAAACUCCCUAAGUCCCAUAUCCAGCCAGCUUCUUUCUCGUCAUCUCAACUUCCAGCAUAGCAGCAAAAGCCCUACUCCUUUGAGUAGGAAGGAGGGCUUGAGCAGUGAAGAGGCAGAAAUUCGAGCAGAUGAAAGAGGAUGGAAGGCACAUUUACCGACAUUCCUCUUAGGAUUUAGUGCCGGACCUGCUGGCAACUCUAAUUGUGGACUGAUUCUUGGCCAGCCUGGUAUCGUGAAUAUUUGACUCUUCAAAGUUCUGGAACUUGAAGAUAUUGGAUACUUAUGUUUGAUAUUUAUGGAUGACCAUACUGAACAGCCACUUCCACCUGGAGUUUCUAUGUCAAAUUCUUCACCGCUUGUGCCAACUUAUAAUCCUGCAGGCCAUUUGCCUCACUCCUUUCAGACAACUGCUAAUUCUCAUUACAGUGCUGGCAAUGGCGAUGGCACUCUUUUCCCUGUUGUUCCUUCUAUUCAACCUUGCUCUGAAACUUUUCGUACCUCUGGACAAGAGUCUUCUGAGGCUAUACUCAAUACAUUACCGUCCAAUUUGGAAUCUGCUAACGGAUUAAAGUUGCAGCCGCAAAGUACUAAUGAUCUUGAGAGUGCUGCUCAGAAUGCUGUUCUGCAUGAACAGGAAAUUGCAGCCCAGAAAGUAAUACAAAGUCAAAGAGAAGCAAGGCCUGCAAGCGGACCUGAGGAUAGUUCAGAUAUUUUCUCAGGUCGACAUGACCGAAAUGCUUUAAAGGAGCAUUUACUCCAAAUGACGGCAGAGCAUCGAGUGCAAAUGGCCUUAAAGCGUGGCAAGGCGACACAGCCUGAGGAAGGUAAUGCGGAAAUUGGAAAUGGAUAUGGUGUGCCAGGUGGAGGUGCUUAUUACAGUGCUUCAACUCCUGAUGUCUCGAUCUACAAGACAAAUACAAUCACUGGUCACAGAACAAAUCAACAUGGUACAGAGCCUAGUGGGAGUUCUGGACAUAAUUCUGUUGGUAAAGAGUUGCCUGAAUACCUCAAGCAGAAGUUGAGGGCUCGAGGUAUUCUGAAGAUUGAUUCAGAAAUAGAGAAGAAUGCCAUAUCAAGCAAUAGCUCAAAGGCACAGUUACCAAAGACAUCAGAUGCCAAUUUGCCUGUGGGAUGGAUUGAAGCUAGGGACCCUGCAAGUGGUGCUUUAUACUAUUAUAAUGGAAGUUCUGGGAAAAGUCAGUGGGAAAGACCUACUGAGGCUCCUGCACUAGUUUCUGGGGGGCAUUCAGUACUUCCUGAAUAUUGGCAGGAGGUUUUUGAUGAAUCAACUGGUCAAAAAUAUUACUAUAACUCAAAGACGAAUGUAUCACAAUGGGAGCAUCCUUCUAAACCACAGCAGGUUCCCAUGCAGCACCAUGAUGGAGUAGUUGCAAGCAAUGCAACCAAUAUAACUUGGGGUGAUCAAGCUUCCACAUCCCAGAAAUGCAUUGAAUGUGGUGGAUGGGGCGUGGACCUUGUACAGUCGUGGGGUUAUUGCAAACACUGCACUAGAGUUCUUAAGCUUCCUCAAAGCCACUAUCUGUCAGCAAAUGUGGAGAGACAACAGCAAACUUCUGGCUAUGCAGGUGCUACGGACGACACUGAGAAAAGGUUUCAGGGACAGAGGUCCAGUUCCAAACCACCAAUUGGUAAAAGUAACAAAAAAGACAAACGGAAACGCAAUGACGAGGAUGACGAGCUGGAUCCCAUGGAUCCAAGCUCUUAUUCCGAUGCUCCUAGGGGUGGUUGGGUUGUAGGUCUCAAAGGAGUGCAGCCACGGGCAGCAGAUACCACUGCAACGGUAUGUUGA